AUAAAUAAAAAAUACAAUUCUAACGGCACCUCGAUUUAGCCCCGCUCCGUACGGAUUCGGAACCUGUUUCGCUCUUUAGUCCAGAUCGUCGUUUAUUUUUCUCUAAUCCAAUGACUUCAGUUGUUGAUGUAUAGUUUAAUCUUGGCCGUUAAGAUGAUCAACAGAUGAGGUGCAAUGGAAGAAGAAAGUGUGUUGAACUGACACUGGCAUUGAAGUGACUUUUGCAGUCUACUAGUAGGGGUAGUGAAAAGUGUCGUAUAGUCAUUGAUUAAGGUUGGUAACCGGUUGCCUUGUUUACCUUUUCAAACAAAAACUCUUUAGUUUCAAAACCAUUGCUCUCUGUUUCGAAGCUAUUACCUUUUAUGUGAAGAUUGAAGAGGUGACAGAAGGAAGUUCAUAUUUGUAAAGCUAUAAUCGAGACGAAAUAAGCAGGAUUCAGUGUGUAUCGUUAACGUCUUGGGGUAAAUGACUUUAAAAUGCAAACGAGGAGGUGUGGGUAAGAAACUGGAUACCCAUCGCAAGAACGAUGAGGAUGGUGAUCUUGGGACAUGUAGUAUGGUAGUUGUUAAGAAGGAGACAUCCAAGCUUGAAAAUUUGUUAACGGAGAAGAGACGACUAGAGAAUGCACUUAUGCAGAAAGAACUAGCAACCAAGCGGAUGAUUGCCCUAAAGACCAUAUCAAUUGGUAAAUCGAAAAAGGGCAAGGAGAUGCCACCAGUUGAUUUCGAUGAUGAAUCUGAAGGAGAAGACCAAGAUGACACAGAGGAUGAUGAUGCAGAAACAGAGGUGGACACCCAUGAGAUUGAGUCACGUGAGAUCAUGACUCGAUGGUCAUUUGAGAGGGUGUCUCGUAUUGUCAAUAAAUUAUCUGAUGAACAGAAGGCCAUGGUGCAUGAAGUUGGGUUUGGAGCAUUUUUGAGAGUCGAUUUCCCCAGUAUAUAUACUCCUUUGGCGCAAUGGCUAGUUGAAUCAGUUGAUGUUGAGAAUAGUUGCAUGAAAAUAUACGGGAAGAUGUUUCCCAUUUCUGGUGAUGUUUUCCAACGUGUGAUGACCAUUCCAGACGGCAAAAGUUCUUAAAGAUUAAGAGUAGAAUGCUUACUGGAAAGAAACGCAUGUCAUUGUCAAGCCUAGAAGCACAGUUGGUAGAGUAUUCGAACACAGACGAAUAUUUCUUGGAAAGUUUCAUUUUGGUAAUCAUAGGCAGCGUCCUUGUACCUUGAUCGGGCAACCAGUUGCGCACAAGUUAUAUAAACACAGUGUGCGAUCCUUGUAGAAUCCCUUGUCAAAACUAGGCUACCCAUAGCGUCCGAUGCCUUAUGAAAUCUAUCAGAAAGUACCAAGCUUGAAACUUGGUCCACUUGAAUGGAUUCACUGCUUUCCUUCAGUCCCGAACACGUAUGUUGACCGCUCUGUUCCAACCAUCACCUUUUGGACUGACGAACAGUGUAAAAAAGUGAAGGGUUACAUAUGUCAUCGUGGAGGUUAUAGUAGCUGCAAAAGUGUUCGCGUUAAGACUGAACUUAGCAUUGGGCCUCAGCACGGAUGGUCUGGCCUAGUGGGGACUAUGGGGGAAGUAGCAUACUGAUGGAGAAGCUUACAAAAGUUGGCCAUCAAGUGGAGGGGUUGGUGGUACUAGUUGUUGCUUUACUAGAUAAGUUAAGGGUUAUGGUCACUUAGGGGGUAACUAAACUAAUGGGGCUGAAAUUUGUAGGAGAAGAGAAUGUUAAUCAAUGCGGAUAAAAUCCAGUUAAUGGAGGAAAACAUAGUAAUAUUGCAAUGGGUUUGUCACAGGAAUUUCUUGAUGUGGUGGUGGAGGCAGGGAAGUCAAUUGCUAAACCCAAAGAGCCGAACCCUUAGGGUGUCGCUGGGCUUGAACUGUUUUGUUUUAGUGAAGGGCUUGUAGUAGGACCUUUCAAACUGGCAACCCUUAUAUCCCUACAAACAUACAAGAUGUCUGAAUAUAUUUUCAACAAUGACUUGGAAGAUUAGUAGGUUGGUUAUUGAUUGUAAGUGCAUGCAGUCAAUGGAACCUAGGAGAUGGGUUCAGGGAAAGG